GUCACAAUUUUCCUUUUGAUCGUUUUUCGUUUGAUCGGUUGAUGUGAGAUUCGAUUUCCCUAAUCGCACUUCUGCUGAGUUGCAAAGCAAUGGCUGAAACACCGCUGCCGAGUUCUGAUGUCACUGCUGAAAAUGCACCAGAAUCGGUUCCGCCAGGUAGCACUGCCGACAGCGGCGUUUCCCCCGAUGCUACGAUUCAGGCUGCAGCCUCUGGCGAACCAGCCCAUAAUGUCGGUUCAGCAGCACUGAUUGAGCCUGGCAACCCUAGCAACUCUUCGCUCCGCUGGACCCUACGGGGAGUUCUGUUAAAGGUCAUUUUCUGCAUCUGUCUGGCAGCUCUCUUUGGGCUAAUCUUCUCGGGUAUCAUCUUCAUCUUCGACCUUCCUCAAAAAGAUUCGAAUGAAAGACGCCACCCGCUCUCCCAUUUCGCUUUGCCGGCAGCGCCACCGCAGAGGCCAGAAUCGGUUGCCUUCCUGCAGCCAGUUUACGCCGUUGACGACACGCUCCCCACUGUUACGAUUUUCUUGGCACCGAACGCUUUCGAUCCCAUGGAGACACUGACGGACGAUCCGGCGGACAUGCUAAAGAAACCAUCGAACAACGAUUGGUUGGUGCCUCAGGCUCCAGCGUCAACAGGUGCCAUUCGUCCAGCGAUACCCCGCGACUCUGGUGACGAAAGGGUGUAAUUCUGGUGACUUGAAGCCCUGUACGAUUCUGACGGCAAAUUUGACGCGAUGGGAACUCGCGCUAUUUCGUUAGAUGGUGAGUUUUCGUGGUGGUGAACUGUGUUAGGAUUGCACUUUUUCUACCCGAAAAAACAGUGGCGUGUCGAGUGGGUUG